CUUGUCACUAGUGUACCGGAAAUCAACUUAAAUGAAAUGACAUAAUAUAUGUAACUACCAGUAUAUAAGUGUAUAAUCUAUGUAGGUAUGUAACUACGACGUCAUCGAUCGGCGUCUCUGCAUUAACAUGGCGGCCGCAGAGAUUCAAGUUGUAAAUCCCUCAAAUUUAGCUAAAAUAGAAAGUUUUCUCAAUGAUCCUAGUUAUAAAGAAAUUAUUGAAAACUCCUCAACAUUCAACACACGACUAUGUGCCGAAAGAAGAAUGCGUAUGCCAUUUAUCGACACUCAAACUGGUGUCGCACAGAGCCAUUCCAAUUUAUUUAUGACCAGAAAGCAGAGAAUGCCAGGUGCAAGAGAGGGUCAACUUUACACAUAUCCUUCACAAAGAUGGAGAAAAGCACGUCGUCAAUAUUUGACAAUGUCAUCUACACGGUGGGGCUGGAGCGCAGCAGAUGCAUCGGAUAACAUAGGGGAAGGAGAGAACAGCUCUGGAAUACCCGAUGGACUGGUCUGUGAGGAUAGUAGGGAUGGAUCUCAAAGCGCCGCCAAGGAUGACCCUAAGGAAUGGUUCUACGAUGAAUUAGCAAUGGAAGAGAUGGAAACCGGUGAAGAACCUGAAGCAGAGUCUGAUGAAGAUUACUAUGACGACACAUACGCUAACCGCCGUAAAAGAAGGGGGGCAGCCCCCACAGGGCCCGGCUCCCGGGGAGGAAGGACAAGGAAGUCACAGCCCGAUGACACACCAGUGAAAAGAGGGAGAGCGGGUCGUGGUCGUAAACGCGCAGGACAAAGUGCGUUAUUGCCGUACGAAGUUCCAGGAGACAGUGAAAAACCAUAUGGAUGCGAACUCUGCGGCGCUAAAUACAAGACGCGUCCCGGUUUGACGUACCACUUCACACACACGCACAAGGAGGGCGCGGUGGGGGCGGGCCCGGGGGCUGGCGGUGCCGUGUCGGGGGUGGGGCCGGCGGCGGGCGGCAGCGACGACUCGCGGGACAGCCGCGCCCACUCGCCGCCCGCCCCGCCCCCCGCCACCGAAUAUCAAGACAGCUACGUCACGUUCCUGAACAACCCGGCAGCUCGGCCGGCGCCCACAGGCCCGCCCGCCGCCGCGGCCCGGCGCCCGUCUCCGCCCCCGCGGCCCGCCUCCGCGGAUACAUCUUCAUCGGACUCCGCCCACGCGCCGUUGGUGCCGCCCAACCCCGCGCCCGCCGCGCCGGCCGUGCCGCCCGCACCAGCAUCUGCCCUCGUCGCGCCGCCCGCUCCUGCCAUAGCCACGCCCACCACCAGCGCGCCCAAGCUCAAGGAACCAGUCAAAAAGGCAUCGCCAUCGCCGUAUUGCGACUUCUGCCUCGGCGACGACCGCCAAAAUAAGAAGACUGGCACUCCCGAGGAGCUCGUGAGCUGUUCAGAUUGCGGCCGCUCAGGUCACCCCACAUGUCUGCAGUUUACAGUGAACAUGAUAGUGUCUGUCCGCAAAUACCGCUGGCAGUGCAUCGAGUGCAAGUGUUGCUCGGUUUGCGGCACCAGUGAUAAUGAUGACCAGCUGCUGUUCUGCGACGACUGCGACCGCGGCUACCACAUGUACUGCCUGGCGCCGCCCCUCGACACGCCGCCCGAGGGCUCGUGGUCCUGCGCGCUCUGCAUCAAGGAGUUCCACUAGGUGGAUAGUAUUAAUACGAUGGGAUACAGUAUAUGGUUUGUAAGUGUUGACUGUAUAAACGAUGUUGCCAUAGAUUAUAGAAUAGAUUAACGCUUAGUGUGGAUUUAUGAUCAAUACAAACAAAAAAAUCAUUUUUACGAUAUUACAGGGAUUUUUGUCGAAAUAUAUUUUCAAGAGGAACAGAUUAAGUUUUUCUCAUACAAUUUUUUUUGUUUAAUUUGUGUUGUAUAGAUCAGCGUAAAAAAGUAUAUAUGUAUUGCUAUUUUCUUAAUAAUAAAUCCACAUUAAGUAUAAAAAUAAUAAAUUUCUUGCGUACUCUAAAUGUAAAAAUCACGUCUACAUAUAGUUCUUUCUACCUCUACCGGUGCUUGCUUUAGCUGUUUUUUUUUAGUUUUCUAAAUUUGCCAAUACUGCCCGUGGAAUAGGAUUUAAUUUUAUUUAUUACAAUUACCACAAAAUAUAACUUGGAUCGUAAUAAAUGGUCAUAAAAAAAUCGCGAAACCUGAAAGCUUAAAAAAGUAUAUUUUAUAUCGUUUUUUUUUACAGUUAUGUACAUUUUUAUAGUUAUAUUAAAACAUGUAGUACAGAUAACAUCAGUCAGAAUAGAUAUUAUGAUAUUUUAAGUAUUAAUUUCUUAUGAGUUUGUCGUAGAAAUAAAUCAUUAUUAACAUGAAUUCGAAA